UACCCGAAUACGGACGUUCUAUGCUGCACAUUGCUUACGUAAUGCCGGCAUGCAGGCAGCCUAAACACUUCGUAGAUCUUGAGUUGUGCUUAUUGCAAUCCGCAAUAGGACAAAACAAAGCUCGCGCACUUGCGUACCUGCAGGAGCCAAGUGAAAUUGCCUGCGCACUAAAAAGUGAUCCAUCAUGAGGCGAAGCAUUGAAAAAGGAAGACCAAUGGGAAUCACGCCAGUGCACCACUGAUAAAAGGCAAACCGAGGCAGCACCGUUCCUCACACUCACAAGGAGGAUCGGCCAGAGGUUUUCAACUCCUGCCUCCCGAACACAACCUCAACCAUGAGAGCGCUCGUGGUCGUUUGCCUUCUCUCUGCCGUUGCUCUUGGAAGCGCCCAAUUUCAGCCGUUCAACGCACGCGACGCACGCAGUGCUGGUGCCGCAGGCACAAGAGGUCAACUGACAGGAAAUCUGGUCGGCGGAGUGGACACUCUAGGUCCCAGAGGAGCCGCGGGUGUUACGAUAUCCCUUGGAGGCAACAUUGGUGGUGGUCUCGGAGGCAAUGCCGCAGGUUAUCCUUCAUUCAGUACUGCAAACUACCAGCCCACAUUUGGCUACAGACAUUACCCACAAGGCUACGGAUAUGGCUACGCAUUCCCACAAGGCUAUGGACAUAACUACGAAUAUUAUCCACAAAACAAUGGACAUGGCUACGAAUACUACCCACAAGGAUACGGCUCGUACGGCUACAGCGGUCCCUAUGGCAGCUAUGGUUACAAUGGCUACAACAAUGGUUACGGUGACCAUGGUUUCAGAGGCUACCACCACGGCUCAAAUCCCAUCAACCGCCACCUGUAAAUUUACCACAUUGAGACAUGCUUCAGAUGCAGCGCUGAAUUCUACUCCAAUCUGCGUCUCUUAGUGAAUUUUCCGUUUGUAAGUAGUGAAUAUCGAGAAGGCAGGGCACUUUUAAUCAACAUGCCCAAAUAAAA